AUGUAUGAUAUGAAGAGAGUGUUGGUAGACCAGGGCAGUGGUGUAGAGAUUAUGUACCCUGAUUUAUACAAUGGGCUGAACCUGAAGUUUGAAAAUUUGAUAGCCUAUGAUUCACCUUUGGUAAGUUUUGAUGGAAAAGUUGUCAUCCUAAAGGAUCAGAUCAGACUACCCGUGCAAGCAGGUUCAGAGGUAGUAGAAGUGGACUUCAUUAUGGUGGAUGCUUAUUCUCACUACACGGCCAUUGUGACAAUAGCUUGGCUCCAUGCCCUAGGGGCUGUUUCUUCCACCUUACAUUUAAUGGUAAAAUACUCAUCCGAGGACCAGGUUAAAGAGCUUAUUGGGAGUCAAUCCAUGGCUAAGCAAUGCCUGGUGGUAGCAAUUAUGCACCAGCCUGAAGCUAAACCCUUGGCCUAUACUGAGAGGGGCUCAUAG